UAUCUUUUCUUAUGCUGGAAAUUCGUACGUGGUUGCUUACGACGCCUUUUCAAAUUUCCCUGAGGUUUGCAGACCUUAGCGCCAUGUUCGCCAGGUACGGCGUACCUGUAGAAGUUUGCACGGAUAACGGACCCCAGUUUUCAAGCCAUGAAUUUGCCAGAUUUGCCAAAACAUACGACUUCAACCAUGUAACCUCCAGCCCCCGUUAUCCGCAGUCGAACGGCAUGGCUGAGAAAGGUGUGCAAAUCGUAAAGCGCAUCUUGAAAAAGACUCGAAAGGCGAGGGAGGGCUUCUGGCUGGGUUUACUAGCCUAUCGCUCAACACCACUGGAAGAUGGGCAUUCUCCGGGUGAGCUUCUGCAAAGAAGGCGACUUCGUUCUAACCUUCCUGACUUCGGUAGGGUGUCCCGGACACCUGUGAGGAAGCACCACCAAGCCAAGGCCGGGAAGCCUUUGCCAAUACUGCGCAGAGGCACGAAGGUGAGGCUUCAGGAUGCGACUGCGUGGUCCCCAAAAGCGAAGGUCGUUGGUGAAACUGCUCCACGUUCCUAUUUGGUACGAACGCAAGAUCACCGUGUUCUGCGGGGCAACCGCCGACGUCUACUUAGGACGGGUGAACAGUAUAGCGGUGAAAGUGAUGACGACUGCGAGGAGAUUCCACCAUGUGAAAGCUCCCGUGCGCCGGCACCUGCAGCACCAGCUGAACCAACAGCGCAAGCCUCCGAGACGUCAUCUCUAGAAACAGCCGUAGGAUCAAUGCUACCAGCAAGUGACGGCGAUCCUUCGCCUGGCAUCCAACCGACGCAUGCUACUAGGAGGUCGACUCGUGUCGUCCGGCCUCCCCAGAAACUUCAUUAUGAUGAACAUUUUCAGCAAGUGUCAUAAGUUUUGGCAAACGUGUAUAUGUAUCUAAAUAUCUCUUUUGUUUGUUACCUGAGGGAGGAUGUAUCGGACACGUGUACUGAUUAUAUCAGCGCGGAUGCGCAUCGGUGAUGCGCAGUAUGUACAGCGCGCUGCAUUCACGUCUUUAUAAGCCAUGCUCUCAAUAAACCUU